AUGGCUGCUAUUCACCCUCGCCGCCAGGCGGCGAAGAACUCGGUGUCGCUUGCUCACGUUCAGAGGCAACGGAAGACGCCUAGUGACCCCGAURGCAAGAAGAGCAAUUCGCCCGACACGCCUUCGAAUCUGGAAGCGCUGGGAAGGGGCAGUUCGGGAGAAAGCUCAAACGCAGACCAGUGGUUCAACGAAUCCAACGCAGUGGUUGGUAACGACGGGAGCUUUGCUGAUAAUGAUCCGCCGUUCUUCCUGCGCAACAACUCGUCUUCGCAGACGCCGCCCGACGCUCAGCAACUGUCACAACCUGCAAUGGGCGUAGACUUGCUUCACCAGCGCAUCGAUCUCGCCCACAUGGGUACCGACGGAAAUAGCACGGAGGAUUAUCGCGGUGUCAUUGACGAUCUCACCAUCGAGAACAAAAAGCUCAAGAGGAGGUUGAAGAAGUACGAAAAGUUGCAUGAUGCCCACCUUCGCGACGAGAAGCUAUUCGAGGUUCGCUUUCAUGGGUUACCCGCGGAUAAGAAGUUGGAGCUUGAGGCAACAUUGCAAAAGUUUGCGGCCAGUCUCGGAAACAACCAAUUUCCAGCCAAUGGAUACGAUGGGCUCAUGCCAACGUCAUUGAACAAGAAUGCCUCGCCGAUGCCCAACACAGACUCGGCAUAUGCUUCAAACUCUGCUUCAGGAGCAGGUUCUUCUGCACGAUCAGCUAUCGAGACUGGAUCUGGGACAUCAAGCGGCCAGGGCGCAUCCACGCGCCGAGACAACGCCAUCCACAACUAUCUCCAUCACAUGCCCGAAGGCUUGCUUCCGCAAACAGCCCCGGCAAACAUGACGGAAGGGUCCCGGCAGAAAAUGGUAGUGCGCCGCCUCGAACAGAUCUUCGCGGGCAAAGGUGCUGCGCUCCAUGGCCAUCAGCAUCCUCAGCAGCAGCAGGAAGUUUCACAAUCGGCCGCUCGUGCCGAUAAGGCGGGAUACCCAGGUCAACCCACAAGGCAGGAGGGGGUACGCGAGGCUCACAUCAUGACUGCAGAGGGUGAACAACAAGCCGAAUCGGCGGACAUCUCCAGCGGCAAGGUGUCGCCGUACAGUCCGUCUAGAGAUAAAGAGAACAAGUCUCCAGAGCAGAAUCCAGCCCAGCGACCAGAAGGAGAACAAAGACCGACACGUCCCCUGGACCUAGAUCCACAUAGGGCACAGGUACCCGCAGACAACAUGCGGUACAUACGACAUUUGGGCUUUGUGGACCACAAGUCGCCCAGCACAGCAGAAGAAGGAGAAGGAUGGGUGUAUCUCAAUCUGCUGAUAAACAUGGCCCAAUUGCACACCAUCAACGUCACCACUGAGUUUGUGCGCAAAGCCCUAGUAACGCGCAACUCCAAUUUCGAAGUCUCCAGCGAUGGUCGCAAAGUCAGAUGGAAGGGAGCCUCGUCCGGUACACCUGGGAGCAGCACGGCAGGUGGAUCCAGCACCAGCCAUCUUGGCGUCGACACCCCGGAAGGCCAGAGUCCACGCAAGCGACCGAAGCUGGCACAUCGCGAUAGCUAUCGCUCGCAGACAAUGAACACGGAAAACAAGCUUGUUUACACUCCCAUGUUUUGGAAUCGGAGCAGCACAGACGGAACCAGUUACACGUCAGAGGAUGAGGAGAGCAUGUCACCACCUGGUCAAGCACCUACUGCUGGUCACUCUUCUGGUCUGACAAGCACGGGCGUGCACACCACAGUGUCGAAGAAACGCCAAAGAGCCAAUGGCCCAAUCAUCUUCUACCAGAACGCGCGUUUCUGUACGGAUCUCAGCGGUGAUCCUGAAGCGCAGUACAAUCGCAAUGCGCCGCUCUACUCACCUACCACCGAGAUCGCCAUUGGGGAACUGCGCACCAACUCGUCUGAGCAACCAGCGGAGAAAAGAGGGCCGUUAGAACGAGCUUCUGUGCUUCCCCCGCCGAUGGAUCUGAACGACAACCCGAUUCCGGAAUCGAGGGAGAUCUCAUUUCCAUCGCCUUGUGACACGCCGCCUUUGGAGCCGACAGGAAGCUCUCAGCCAGUCAACCUUGAAGUUUCGGGCAUUGGUGGUGUGUGGCCAGCGGACCAUUUUGCUAUAGAUGUUGAAAGCCGCCACGUCAACUCUGACCGGAGGAAGAACCUACCACGGACGCAUCGGCAGUAUCUAUCGACCAGGUUUGCUUCGCUGUGGCCAAGCUCCGCCGUUGCUCCUGCCCCACCAUCACUCCCUGGCGAUGGGGAGAAGAUUUUCAAAACAGUUAGGAAAGACCUGCCACCCUCUGAGUUACCGCCUGCACUCUGCUUCGUGUCGCAAAGCGACGACACUGAGUCAGACAACGAGGACGACGAGGGAUCCAGCUCACCAAUGUCUGACAACGAAUCGGUGCCUUCGGCCAAACCCCAGCCUGUUCAAUUGCAAUACUUCGGGUCGGAGCAGGGGGAGGACGAUUACGACGAUGACAUGGACGACGACGAAUCCGAUGGCUCCGUCGACAUGUUAGCUGCGGCUCGACAAAUGGAUCCCGAAGCCAUUCGUCUGCGAGAGAGGGAGUAUGACGCAGACAUGGCAGAGCGUUUGGCCGAGGAGAUUCMAACUGGCAGCAGCGCCGCCACUGCAGGAGGCGGCAGCGGCAAUGUAUCCCCAGCACACGGCUUGUCUGGCGAAGAGUAUAGGAAAGCGCUGGCAGAGCAUCGUGCUCGAGGGCGUAUGUUGAGGAGAUCCGCAACGGCUGAUAGCAUGAAGGUGCAAGUGCAGGGCGCUCGAGCAUCGUCUACUGACAGUCAAGAUGGAGACGAGGAUGAAGAGAUGGACGACAUUGCGUCUUAG